CUUCUGUGUUUAGGAUUUUUACUUCCUUGAUCUGUCUCGUGUAAUCGAGUGAAUACGAUUAUAUAUCGGCGGUGAGAGUUGUUUGCAGUGUUAAUAUGGCUCUACGCGUAUACGGCGCUUUUCUUCGCUCGACCUGUAGCGGCAAGUUUCCAUCAGUUCAUCAUGCACUCACAUCAGUCCGGUUCAAAAGUUCCUGUCCAGUUCACAUCAGUCACCUGGAUCACCUUGUGCUUACAGUUCGAGACCUGAAUAAAACCACAACAUUUUACUCCACAGUUUUGGGGAUGGAGGUCAUCACUUUUAAGGGAGACCGUAAAGCUUUGAGUUUUGGAGAACAAAAGUUAAACCUGCAUCAGGUUGGAAAAGAGUUUGAGCCUAAAGCCAAAAUCCCAACACCAGGAUCUGCUGAUUUGUGCCUCAUUACCAAAACCCCACUAAUGACUGUUGCUGCCCAUCUCAAGGCGUGUGGAGUGACGAUAGAAGAGGGCCCAGUGGACAGGACCGGGGCUGUGGGUCCCAUCAACUCACUGUAUUUUCGUGACCCUGAUGACAACUUGAUUGAGGUCUCCAAUUACCAAUCAUAGAUGAUUAUUUGAUCCAUAUAAAACACUAUGAUGCUUGAUAAAUAAGUUUAAUAUGCCUCAUUAAAAAUAUAACACUUU